AUGCCGUCGACUAUGUCCGUCAAAGCCCUAUCGUUCUUCGCCGCGUUGGGCGUUGCGAAUGCUCUGCGUCCCAACACCACGUCUAUCUGCGACUACUAUACUCCUCUCAUUCUCGGGAAAGAAAACACACCCGCAAAUCAGCAGGAGCUCAUGGCCUUGAUCACCCAUACCUUCAUUCUGGGCAACUACACUACCCCCAACGUUGGCAUCGCGGUGAGCGGGAUUGCAGGUCCCAGGACUUACGAAAACCACGAUGUCAACCUUCUGCCGUACUUCACCGGUGGAUACUACUCCACCAACGUAAAUGGAAAGCCCGUUGCCCUGAAUUGGCUUGAUGAUGGAGGAGCGGGAGCACUGCUCGCCAACAAACCGGCCAACUCUACGACCUCGAACCAAUACCGACUUCUCACGCACGUCUAUCAGUACUUUGGCGAUUUCUAUGGAUGCUCCCAGCAGGGAGGCCCCGAUUUCCCCCAUUAUCAGGGCGUCGCCAGCAUGUACGAGGUGCACAAGUUCAUGGACCCUAACAUCUGGGAAUCGGGCUAUUUUAACGAACAGAUUGUGCUGGCCGGACAGUCGAUCGGAUUCGAAGAGCCAGAUGUCAACUUCACCCGCGACGCUCUCGAUCAGACCUUUACUUAUCGCUGCAUCCCUCCAGCCACCGUGAUCCCUCCAUCGGCAGGUCCUCAGUUGCAGACCAUCUGUACCGAUGAGUAUAGCUGCCCCCUUGCCGCGAAUGCCAACUGUUCUGCCUACCCAGACGAUGGUGUCGUCCCUUAUCCCAAGAUUGCAAAUGUUACGCUUUUGCAGGGGGUCCCUAAGGAGAAUGACACUAUUGGGUUGAGCAGCACAUCCUCCUCUUCUCCUGCCAGCGCAUCGGCUACCGCUAGUGGGUCAGCAGCAACCCCCAGUACUUCUAGCACCAACGCAGCUACUUACACUUUGGCUGCAGGAAACCCAAUGCUAGCAGUUGGGGGCAUAGUGGCCCUUCUGGGCAUGACUCUCCUGUGA